AUGGUGGUGGCAGUCGCGAGCAACCGAUGCGCACUCGCCACCGCCGACAGCCACGAUAUCGGCCCUGCUCCCCUUGGACCGUCCCAAGCCGCCUCGCCUCCUUCAUGCGUUCCACCGCUCCACCAACCACGCCCCCCUUCCCUUCCCGUAGACAGCUCGUCGCGUGCACCGCCUGCGCUCGCGCUCGCCUUUGCACCAGCUGUCUCUCACACGCCUCGCUCCCCGAAGCAUUCACCCAACUCUCCUCCCGACUCUACGACCCGCAACGUGCUUUCAAGCCCCCCUCGAUACCCUGCCAAGCCAGGAACACAAUCCCGCACCACACACCACCUUCAGCCGGCUGAAGCCUUCUUCUCUUUCACGUUGACAUCCUCGUCUGCUUCCAUCGCGCAUUCACCCGAGUUCGACUUGAACCUCGAUCUCCUCACCAACAGAGUAGCUGCGCUAUCUCUUCUCAUCGCAGAACCGGUUUCUGCGCCCUACACCAAAACCCUUUGCCAAGCCCGCAGGUCCAGCUCACAGGAGGAGAUCGGGCCGCCCGCUAGCAUAGCAUAG